AUGAGCGAUAUCGCUGCUCCCCCGCUCGCAGCAAGAGCUGACAAGAGCAAGAAGAAGCGCAUGCGUCGCAUCCAGGCAGACCUACCGCUCUAUCGCCAGCAGGUCGCGGAGUUGGAGCUCCAACUCGCUCGGUGCAAGCUCAAUGAUGGUGCUUUCUGUACGCUGGCUUGGUCCGGCAUUUGGGAUAUUGUGGAGUUUGGUGGGGUUCGUUUCGACGGGAUGCAGCUCCACAAAAGCGGCUGGAUAAAGCUGCGACGAGAGCACCACGAAGGAUCGACAUUGGUCGAGACGCAUUUCAAGACGACGCCAGUGUUUCACGAGAGCAUCAACGACCCGAUACCGCAGAUUAAGGCUCUCCUAGGCGCAUUGGACUUGUCGCACAGCAGCCUGAACGACCAUUUCUGCCGCGCCAUGAGCGACCUGCUACUUAAAGAAGACUGGAAGUCGACGUUUAAAGGAAAGGAACACUGA